AUUCCCAAUUCGUGGCGGUCGAAGGUAUUUUUCUUUUCUUUUUUUUUUUUCCUUUCUGGAAAACGAAGUGCGAUUUGGUUUCCUUGUCAACAGAAGAUGAAGUGAACAUCUGAACCACUCACAGUGCAGGAACAAGAGGGGGCAAGUAUGACUGGCAAAACACAGACCAGCAACAUUACAAACAAAAAUGAUCCAAAAUCAAUCAACUCUAGAGUCUUCAUUGGAAAUCUGAACACAGGAAUUGUCAAAAAAGCUGACAUUGAAGCAAUAUUUGCCAAAUACGGAAAAAUUGUGGGAUGCUCGGUCCACAAAGGAUAUGCUUUUGUACAGUACAUCAGCGAGAGACAUGCGAGGGCUGCAGUCACAGGGGAAAAUUCAAGAAUGAUAGGAGGCCAGCCACUAGACAUCAACAUGGCAGGAGAGCCUAAACCAUAUAGACCAAAACUUGGAACCAAGAGACCACUUUCUUCUUUGUAUAGUGGGUAUGAGUUUGAUUAUGAUUACUACAGAGAUGAUUUCUACAACCGGUUGUUUGAUUAUGGACAUGGACGCGUUCCACCUCCACCUCGUGCAGUUAUCCCAUUAAAACGUCCUCGUAUUGCAGUGCCAGCAACUCGCAGAGGCAAAGGAGUGUUUUCUUUGAAAGGAGGAUCAAGGUCUCUCUCUGGGGGUGGCGCUUCAGGAUCAAAAUUGAAAUCAGACGAACUGCAGACAAUCAAGAAGGAACUGACCCAAAUCAAAACUAAAAUCGACUCUUUGUUGGGUAGACUGGAAAAAAUUGAAAAACAGCAUAAGGCUGAAGCAGGAGGGCAGAAAAAACAAAUAGAAGAUCACCCAGAUUUGGUUCCAGAGGAAUGCAAAUCAGAAACAGCUGAUAACUCAAUUGAAGAACACACUGAAGAAGGGCAGGAUGCUGAUGGGGAAGAAAUGACUGAUGGGAUAGAGGAAGAUUUUGAUGAAGAUGGCAGCAACGAGCUGAUGGAAAAUCAUGUGUCAGACAUAGAAGACACAAGUAACUGAAUACGCUGUAUAUGAAUAAAUGAAUAGUUCCUAUGACUGAUGAAAAUCCUUUGAAGAUUAACAUGUAAAUAUAAGAAGACACAGGCUUUUCAUGAAUUAUCAUUGACUUUGUUCACAUGCUUUCAGAUUGUAGCCUAUAAAUUUCAUGGUUUUGAUUGUAAAUGUGUUUUCCCCCAGAUUAUUUCAUUUUGUACUGUCCUAAAUGUAUUUAAUACAGCUGUUGCAUUCAAGGGUCAGAGAAUCAUAUGGGGGUAUUAUACACAAAUUUAUAUUUGUAAUAGCUAAUGUUUUUGUAAAUAGCACAUUUCUGUCUGUUAUAGAGACAUUAAAAAUAUGUAUUCACCUGCCCUCUUAAUUUGCCAAAUUGUAUCCGUCUUCACUGAAAUACGUGAAUAUAUUGUUAUACUUGCAUCGCUAUGCUCAUUUUACAAAAUAAUUCACUAGAAAUGUAAAUAUUUUCAUCUUAAAACUCUAAUACUAGUCUUUAACAGUACAAGUAAAACUAUGUAACAAUUUGUUGUGCUUCUAUUCUUGAUAUUUAUUUUGCACUUUUACAAUUAAAUGCAUUACUUAUGUAUGGAGCCUGAAUUUAUGAAAUUGCUGUUAAAGUUUUUUGUUAUUGCUCCGAAGAUUUAAGCUUUUAUAACAAUAAAACAACAGUAUUUCCAGA